AUGUUUAAUACUCCGUCACAGUACAUACAAAUAAUAAUUUCAAAUGAUAUUGCUGAUUCACUGAUUGGAGGCAACAAAGCAACAGAAGCUGAAGAAGAAGAUGCAGGAGUUGACGCAUCUCAUGUGUCAGGGAUUAAUGUUGUUCUUAAUCAUAAACUCGUUGAAACAUCGUUCCAGAAAGAAACUUUUAAAGAGUGGAUUAGAGAAUAUUCUAAAAAAUUGAAAGAACAUCUACAAGAAAAUUCGCCUAAUCGUGUUCAGCCGUUCAAAGCUGGAAUGACUAAAGUAGCACAAGAAAUUUUAACAAAAUUUGCCGAAUAUCGAUUUUAUUUGGGUGAAAGUAUGAAUACUGAUGGCAUGGUGAUUUUACAGUAUUACAAAGUAGAUGGAUUAACACCGUAUUUUUUGUACUUCAAAGACGGUUUAAACGAAAUCAAAUAUGUGAGUAUCGACUACUAUAGAGUAUUCUAG